AUGACAGCAGCUUUGUUUGGAAAAGGUAUUCCAAUAAAAUCACGUAGUAGGGUGUGGAAAUAUUUUACCAUUUCUCCUGAAGAUACCUCAAUUGCAAUAUGUAAUACAUGCAAACUGAAGGUUUCAAGAGAAAUAGCAAGUAAAGAGUUAAAACUUAACGAAGAAGAAAACAAAAGGAAAGCAGAAAGUGAAAAAAAUGUGUUAAAGAAAAUCAAGUCAACUGAAGCAAGUUGCUUAAAACAGUCCCAACAAACUUUGUUUGAAACACUUGCGAGAAAAAAACCCUGGGACAUUAAUGAUCACAGAUCUAAAUUAAUUAAUAACUAUAUUGCAGAAAUAAUUGCAGUUGAUAUUCAACCUUUUUCAAUAGUAGAAGACAUCGGAUUUCAAAGAUUGCUAAAUCAUAUAUGUCCUAACUACUUGACUGCUCAUUGGUUAACUAAUGAAUUUCAUCAAAAGUCAGCAGUUCUUCGAGUUUGUCAAUUUAAUGUAUCUCAUACUGCCAAAAAUAUAUGCGAAGCAAUUCAAAGUUCUAUGAAUGAUUUUUUUAUUCCAGCUUCAAAGGUACAUUUAGUUGCUAGAGAUAAUUCAGCUAAUAUGGCAGCUGGAAUAAGAGAGGCAGGUUACAAUAGCUUGCCGUGUUUUUUACACACUUUGCAACUUGUGUUGAAUGACACUGUAUUUGCCCAGAUAUAUAUCAAAAAUAUAUCAACAACUUGUAAAAACAUAGUAACCCAUUUUAAUCAUUCUCCAUCUUCUUUUGAAGCGUAUCGAAAAUAUCAAACUCAAUAUCAAGUGCCACAAAAUAGGUUUAAACAAGACAUUGCGACAAGAUGGAAUAGUCAAUACUUUAUGUUUAAAAGAAUUUUUGAACAGAAGCGUGCUUUAAUCCCAUUUUGUUGUGAUAAUGAUAACUCUAAACUAAAUAAGUGUGAAGCAAUUGCAUCUGCUAUGAUUCCAACUGUACAAGUUAUACAAACCAUGUUAAUUCAAGCUGAAAAGUUUCCCUUGUUUUUUGGAUUAGGAACAAUUUUAAAAGAAUACAUAAUCAUGCAACAAGAUAGUCCUAUAGUAUGGUGGGGAGCAAAUAGAAAUAACUUUAAACAACUAGCUCCAAUAGCUCAGAAGUAUUUAUCAUGCCCUCCAUCUUCUGUUGAAAGUGAACGAUUAUUUAGUUGUGGAGGACAAAUUUAUUCUCCACAAUGA